CGGCGCCCGCGGCGGGGCCGGCGCGCGGCGGCUCCGGAGGCGCCCGCGCAGCCGCCCCCCGCCUGGCCGCGAAAGAGGCUGGGCCAGGUGGUCGCCGCCGCCGCCGCCUGCCAGGUACCUGGAACGGACGCUGCGGCCGCUGUCGAAGGCCACUCCGCUUCCUCACGCGCUGUGGGGGAUGUUCGGCCUCUUCGGCGCCCUGCUCCUCGUACGGCGCCUGCUCGGCGCCGACGCGGCAAACCGGAUCUUCGGUGCACUCCCGGGUACCGCACGCUCGUCAAGUGGGGCACCUGUUUCUUCGUCCCUGCGCUGAUGGGGCUGCCCGUCGCGGUGGUCGCCAACAUCGAGCUCUUCAGCUCGCCCAUCGUGGUGCUCAAGAUGCUGGUGCUCAUCGCGGGCGGGUACCUUGGGUCCCUCGGCGCCACGGGCUUCCUGGCGGGGCGCUUCGAGGAGGCGUUCGGCGCCGGCGCCCGGUCCAGGACCGCCAUCCCCGACGCCGUGCGGGCGGCGGCCGAGUUCGGAGCCUCAGGCGAUGAGCUGGCCCGGCUGGCUGCCAAGCUCCAGGCCGACCCUGGCAGCCUGCAGGCAGUGAUCGAGGAGCUUCCGAGCGGCGUCCGUGAGGUUCUGCUCAGUCAGGAGUUCAAGAAGAAGUGCCAGGCUCGGUUUGCCGAGCUGGACGUCGACGAGAGCCAGAGUCUCAGCGCGGAGGA